CUUCUCACUAAUGCCGGAUACUAACAUAAUACUGUAACUUUCUGCUUUACCAGACAAAAAAGAGGGCACUAGAUACUCGUCGUAAAUUUUAACUCGUAAAAGAUAAGAGUUGGAGAAGAAACAUAUAUAUAUAUAUAUAAUAAAAAUAAAAGAGUAAACUGGUAAGUGCAAGGUUAAUUACUAUUUCCUAGUCAAUUCCGCCCAUCACAACAACUUUCCCAUUUCAAACAAGAAAUCCAACACUGAAUCCCCAUCCUUUCUAUCCAGCUGUCUUCCUCUAUAAUUCCAAUGAAGUGCAGUUUCAAUCCAUGGCCUGGAGUACCACUAGACAAUACCUUAUACCCUAACCCGAUCGACCCCUAUCGGUCUGUGCCUCAAAACCCUAACCCUAGUUAUGGCCAAGGACAUUGUUUGGUGUUUGGUUAUGACCACACCAAUGCUGCUAGCAGCAAACCAACGCUGGUGUAUUAUCAGGACCCCAAUGUGGUGCAACUUUUGAGGGCAAAUGAUCCUUACAGGCUUGGUGAGGUAGCUGCAGUGUCUCUAAAUGGUGCAGAGAAAUUGACUUCUGCAAAUGUGAAUUCCACCUUGCCGGUCCAGCCUGUGAGAAGUGGGUCUUGGGGAAGAGUCCAAAGGAAAAGUAAGACACAGCCUGUAUGGUGUGAUGUUUGCAAACUUGAAUGCAACAGCAAUACUGUUCUUGACAAACAUAAAUUAGGGAAAAGACACACAAAAAGUUUGGAAAAAUUAAAAGGAGGCAGGGCUAUCACAGCUCCUACUUCUGCAGUGCCAGAUAACCCAGUUGUUGGAUUGCAAAAGAGGCCUAACCAGGUGAAUUCAGCAAAUGGAAAAGAUGAAGGGGAGAAGGCCAUUGAACUGGUGAAGAAUUUGGAGACAAAAAGACAAAAAGUUUUGGAAGGAGGAGCAGCCACAGAUAAGGUCCACAGUUGUCUCCCUUGCAACGUGGUUUGCAACAGUGAGGCUGUUUUCAAAAUUCAUCUCACUGGUAAAAAGCACAUUGUUAACAUAACAAAGCAAGAGAAGCUUGCUCCUGCUUCUGCAUCUCUUGUUCCUUCAGAGGUGUCAGCUAACACAUUUACUGUGUCACAAGAGAAGCCUGAUGUAGAAUUAAAUUCUGGAAACGGGGAAGAUGCAAUGAAGGAGGAGAAUUUGGAGACCAAGACACGAAAAGUUUUGGAAGGAGGAGCAGCCACAAAUGAGGUCCGCAAGUGUCUUGUAUGCAAGGUGGUUUGCAACAGUGAGACUGUUUUCAGACUUCAUCUCGCUGGCAAAAAGCACAUUGUUAACGUAGCAAAGCAAGAGAAGCUUGCCCCUGCUUCUGCAUCUCUUGUUCCUUCAGAGGUCUCAGUUAACACAUUUAUUGGACCACAAGAGAAGCCUCACUUUGUAAAUUCUGGAAAUGGGCAAGAUGCAAUGAAGGGGGAGAAUUUGGAGACCAAGAAACGAAAAGUUUUGGAAGGAGGAGCAGCAUUAAAUGAGGUCCGCAAUUGUCUUGUAUGCGAGGUGGUUUGCAACAGUGAGACUGUUUUCAGACGUCAUCUCGCUGGCAAAAAGCACAUAGCUAACAUAAAAAAGCAAGCAUCUGGAGCUGGAGCAGCCACAAAUGAGGUCCGCAAGUGUCUUGUAUGCGAGGUUGUUUGCAACAGUGAGACUGUUUUUAGACUUCAUCUCGCUGGCAGAAAGCACAUAGCUAACAUGAAAAAGCAAGCAUCUGGAGCUGGAGCAACUCCUGCCAAUUAGAAUGGGAAUUUAUAGGAGACGACGCUUGUUGUUCCAUUGUUCAGGUUUCUUACAGCUGAUACAACUAGUUAAGUUUAUAUGACAUUAUAUGUAAUACGUUUGAUAGUAAUUCCUUGCUUGAAGCCAAAGAUUUCGUGAAAGUGGUCACAUCAGCUUUAUCAAAGUAAGUGGACACUAAUUUGGCAAUUGGAGCUGAUUAAGCCAGAAUAUGAAGAUCAAACUAUUCCAGAAUAUGGUUUUUUCAUAUGAAGCCAAAGGUUUUUUUA